UCUCCAUGUUCUCUCCCUCCCUUGUUCAGUAGGAAUAUUUUUAUUAUUAUUUAUUUUGGUCAAGACUAAAACAACUUGGUCCGCAUCCGAAUCCUUCUGCGUCUAGAUCUUUGCUUUGUGACUUAAUGAUGGAGUGUCUGUUUACUUCUUAGUCUAGCUGGAGUGUGUGUUGGCGACGGAAGUCCAAUUUAAGUUAGUCAGUGUCUUCUAGUAUUGCUUAAUUAAUGCUUCUUAACUGGCUUCGCAGAUUCCAUUCUUAAGCUAAAAAUAUGUGCGCCAAAGAAAAGAGUAAAUUCUGGGUGGGACGUUAAAAAUGGAGGGGUUUGCUUGUUUGGAUUAUCAGACCAUAAACAAAAAUUAAAAAAAAGAACCGCAUGGUGUGGUGUUAGGGGGUCUUACAGCUGCAGAUACCUUUCCUCUUCAUGUUGUUUUCCCAUGUUGGGUUUGUCUUCUAGACUGCCCUUAGCUACUGCAAACUACAAACAACCUCCGACACUCCGUUUUCUUCGCUUCUCCCUUGCUACAUUUUUCUCUACAAUGGAGAGCCUCAAGCUGACUCCUUUCACCUUGUAAUUUGGGGAUCCUGGUUCUUGUGCACGGUUGUUCAUUUUGGCUGCUUGUUGCCUGUUGAAGUAAAGAGUAAGACCCACCGUGCAGGAAAUGGCUCCAAGAUUAGAUUUCUCGAAUUGGUGGGCAAAGGAUACCAGGAAAGGAACACCGGUGGUAGUAAAGAUGGAGAACCCGAACUACUCUGUUGUAGAAAUCGACGGCCCAGAUGCUGCAUUCAGGCCUGUGGAAAAGAGCAGAGGGAAGAAUGCCAAGCAAGUGACUUGGGUUUUACUUCUCAAGGCUCAUCGUGCUGUCGGUUGUGUUGCUUGGAUUGCUACACUCUUCUGGGCAUUGCUUGGUACCAUAAAGAGGAGGUUGAUCUUCAGGCAAGAUGUUGCUCUGGCUAGUGAAAAGUUGGGGAAAGGAAAACUGCUCUUCACAGUCAUUAAAGUCUUCCUGGCGACUUCCUUGACAAUUCUCGCUUUUGAGGUUGCUGCUUAUUUCAAGGGUUGGCACUAUUUUCAGAAUCCCGGUUUGCACAUUCCGAGGACUAGUGAUAUCCAGGGCUUGCUCCACUUGGUUUAUGUUACUUGGUUGUCAUUUCGGGCCGAGUACAUUGCACCGCUAAUUCAAGCUUUGUCUAAAUUUUGUGUAGCUCUGUUCCUUAUCCAAUCUGCAGAUCGUAUGAUACUUUGCUUGGGCUGCUUUUGGAUUAAAUACAAGAAGAUUAAGCCGAGAAUUGUGGGGGAUCCGUUCAAGUCAGAUGAUGUCGAGGGAUCAGGCUAUGAGUACCCCAUGGUUCUUGUUCAAAUCCCAAUGUGUAAUGAGAGGGAGGUAUAUGAGCAGUCUAUCUCUGCCGUCUGCCAACUUGAUUGGCCAAAGGAUCGAUUAUUGAUUCAAGUUCUUGAUGAUUCUGAUGACGAAAGCAUCCAGUGUUUAAUUAAAGAGGAGGUUGCGACAUGGAACCAAAGGGGCAUUAACAUAAUUUAUCGACAUCGCUUGGUAAGAACUGGUUACAAGGCUGGGAAUCUUAAGUCUGCAAUGAGCUGCGAGUAUGUACAGGCCUAUGAGUUUGUAGCAAUAUUUGAUGCUGAUUUCCAACCUAACCCAGAUUUUCUAAAGCAAACAGUGCCACAUUUCAAGGACAAUCCUGAGUUAGGUUUAGUGCAAGCUAGAUGGGCUUUUGUGAACAAGGAUGAGAAUUUGUUGACUCGUCUCCAGCACAUUAAUUUAUGCUUCCACUUUGAAGUUGAACAGCAAGUUAAUGGUGUAUUUUUAAAUUUCUUUGGUUUUAAUGGAACUGCUGGUGUUUGGAGAAUUAAAGCUCUUGAGGAAUCUGGAGGCUGGCUUGAAAGGACAACUGUAGAGGAUAUGGACAUAGCUGUUCGCGCUCAUCUCAACGGCUGGAAAUUCAUCUUCCUUAACGAUGUAAAGGUCCUUUGUGAAGUCCCAGAGUCUUAUGAAGCAUACAGGAAGCAGCAACAUCGCUGGCAUUCAGGACCUAUGCACCUUUUCCGCUUAUGCCUUCCAGCAAUCAUAACUUCCAAGGUAAAUUGUUACACAACUUCCAAUCUUUGGCGGUUAUGGUUUAUUUAUAGUAUACUAAGUACCCUUAAUGCUGUAAUUCUGCAGAUACCAAUAUGGAAGAAAGCAAACUUAAUACUGCUAUUCUUUUUAUUGAGGAAACUUAUCCUUCCCUUCUACUCCUUCACAUUGUUUUGCAUAAUUCUUCCGCUAACCAUGUUUGUACCAGAGGCUGAGCUUCCUGUUUGGGUCAUUUGUUAUGUACCUGUGUUUAUGUCAUUCCUCAACAUCCUUCCAGCCCCAAAAUCAUUCCCUUUCAUUGCCCCUUACCUUCUAUUUGAAAACACCAUGUCUGUGACCAAAUUCAACGCAAUGGUAUCUGGAUUAUUCCAGUUGGGUAGCUCCUAUGAGUGGGUUGUCACCAAGAAGGCUGGCAGGUCAUCAGAAUCUGACUUACUGGCUGCUGUUGAGAGGGAAUCAAAGACAACGAACCAGCUGCAAAUCCAGAGAGGAGCUUCAGAAAGUGAGCUCACUGAAUUAAACCGAUUAAAGGAACAGAAAGAAGUGGCUCCUACACCUGUUAAGAGGGUCAAUAAGAUAUACAGGAAAGAGCUCACUCUGGCAUUCCUCCUACUCACAGCUUCCAUUAGGAGUCUGUUAGCGGCGCAAGGAGUACAUUUCUACUUCCUUCUCUUCCAAGGGGUGACCUUUCUCCUAGUGGGUCUGGAUUUAAUAGGAGAGCAGAUGAGCUAACACUGCAUGGAAGCUAGAGAGAAAGCUUAAGGUGCUAAAACUCAGCCAAUAUUCUUCCUAUCGACUGACAAAAGCUGGUUUUUGGCUGUGCAGUUGAACUUUUCUUUUCCUUCAGGCAAAUGGUUAAGGGUACCAUCCAGUUCAAUGACCAAAGUUUUAUUUCCUAUAUCAGCUUUGAGAUGCCCCAAUAGAAGUUUUUUAUUCAUCAAAACUCUAUUCUCCGUAGUCUCAGUUUUUAUUUACAUUUUAUAUCUUUAUUUUUUUUCACAUUGGGUAGUGGUCAUUGUAUUCUUCCUUAGGCCGUUGAACCAUUGUUGUUGCUAUAGGUAGGAUUUGUAUUUCCCAUUUCAUACAUCACUCUUGAUUCUUGCUUGAGUGUGGUUUUGGCACUAAAGAUUCAAGCCAUAUUUGUAUUUGUAAAGUUCGAAAAGCUUGAGCAAGGCAUAAGAAUGAGCUUGCUUCAUGCCUUUCUGGUUCUCAGAUUCCAUGUUCACUCUGCGAUAUGUAAAACAUCAUUCUUGUACAUUGUGUUCUAUCUAAUAUAACAAAUAAUUUCCAUCUUCUUCUGA